AUGGAGAUGAGCGACGACUGCGAGGAUGGUGGAGGGGACAGCGUAGUAGAGACCGUUGAUGGCGAAGACCAAGCAAAAUUGCGACCGGCCUCGCAGCCCACACCUCAAACACGGCUCCGCAGCCUGCAGCGCGCUGCAGCCAGGAAGCAACGCGCCUUUUGCCAGAGUGUCGGCGGCGGCCCUUUGAAGGCAAAGAAAAUUGAACUCUCUGGCUGGAAUGGAGUGCGGUUCUUCCACCCGGCCGAGACAAUCAUCGUGCAGGGUUCAAGCGCCCACUUGCAGCUGAGGGGCUCUCAGGCCACCGCUACAGCCAUCCCGCCGCUUCGUCGGGGCUUGGCUACUCCACACCAGACCAACGCAGCCGCAACCUCGACCAUGUCGUCGCUGUGGAUCAUCAACAAGGCCGGAGGGCUGAUCUUUCAGUCGGAGCACUUUGUGCAUCCCAACGCCGCAUCCAUGCCCAACGGCGGCCGGCUCUCGUCGAACGAAUACCUGGUGCUGGCGGGCACCCUGCACGGCAUCCACGCCAUCACGGCCAAGCUCAACCCGGUGCCCAACCGCGCAUGCUCGGGCAUCGAGUCGCUCGACUCGGACCACUUUACCGUGCGCGUCAUGCUCACACCCACAGGCACAAAGUUCGUCCUGGUCACGUCGCCGGCGCAUCCGAAUCCGGCAGGCGUGCUGCAGCGCUGCUACGAGGCGUAUGCCGAUCACGUUAUGAAGAAUCCCUUCUAUACACCGGAAAUGCCUGUCCGCGUAGAGACGUUCGACAAGGCCGUCGAGGCGCUCGUCAAGGCCUGA